AUGCUUUUAAAAUCAUGGCGAGAAAAUAUCAAAUUCUAUGCGUUUGUAAAUCAUAUUCAAGCUCAACUCCUUUGUGUCAAAUUAGUUCCAUUGGAUAUCAAGAUGUAUGUCAGUCCACAACAAUUUGAAUUCGAAUCAUUCCAGAAGCACUAUCAAAUCCGUCUGAAUUCCGCAGAGGUAUUCAUCGACAAUAGCUUGUUGGAUAAUGCGCGAAUGAAGUUUUCUCGGAUCCAUUCAGAUUAUUUUAUUAAAUUGAACAAACGUACUCCAGUCAAAACCGAAAAAAAGAAAUUUCCUAAAGAAAUCUUCCCUUCUACUGAUCCCCAAGUUAAUUCUCUUAGCGAUAUCAUUGGUUAUUUUAAGAAGCAAUUAACUGAAAGCUGGAAACACUUCAGUUCAACGGAAGAAUACCAACAAGAAUUUCCACUCCCCAACGAAAUCACCCAUUUCCUAGAUUGUCUACGUCAACAAUCUCUUCAGUUUUGGAAUGAGCUAGUCAAAUCCAUUAUAAUGACAAACGAUCUGCGAGUUAAAAUAGGUCUGACACAACGAAUGGUACCAACAAUUCUGAUCUAUAUUCUUCAACAAAUAUGGUUACAUCAGAAAGAUCCGAAUGAACUCUCACUACAUUUUACUCACAAUCAAUGUACAUUACUCGGUGGUAUAAUAGUGAACUGGGUCGUAGAACAACAGAUUGAAAGAGCUCUAAAUUUCGUUAAUCAACACAAAUGGGAAGAUUUCGAGAAAGAGAUGUUAAACAUACCUCAUAGCAAUUGGAUACCAUCAGAGCAUCUAUCGUGGUUAAUUCUCGAGCUUGAAAUGAACAUCACCAUUCGGGAGAUACAAGUUCAAGUAGCAAGGCACAUGAUUCAACCUUUACCAAAGGAGAAUGACUCGUCAACUAGAAAUUUUGUUAUGCAAAUGAACAUGGGCGAAGGCAAGACGUCAGUUAUUUUACCUAUGCUAGCGGUCAGUCUAGGUUCGACAUCUUCAAGUUUCGUUCGUAUAAUUGUUUUGAAAGCAUUAUCUUCAAUGAAUUACCAAUCAUUACGAUAUAAACUCGGCGGCUUAUUAAAUCGACGUGUUGUACCAUUUGCUUGUCGUCGUGACAUGAAUUUCACUAAAACACAAACGGAGAAGAUUUUUGACCGGUUCAAAGAAGGACUGCGCCAUCUUGAUAUUGUAUUAACGUCACCAGAAGACAUUUUAUCCUUUGAUUUGCUUACAAUAGAUAAAUGUAGACGGAAAGAGUAUGAUGUUGGUCAAUUGAUGCUCGUAAUUCAAAGCUGGAUGAAAAACUAUGUUCGUGAUGUUCUAGAUGAGUCUGAUGAAAUCUUACAUGUUAAAUAUCAAUUGAUUUAUUCCAUCGGUCGUCAACAACAGGUAGAUGGAGGUGCAGAGCGCUGGAAAACUAUUCAAUACAUACUCAAGUUAGUCAAACAACAUGCUGCAAACAUUGCUCAACAGUAUGCUGAUGAUGUUUUCUACAAAGCGCCAUCGAAAGGAAGUCAUUUUCCGGAAUUUCGCAUACUUAACAGCCAGUCAUAUCCUGAACUAUGUCGAAGAAUAGCAACUGACUGGAUUGAUCUACAAAAUAAUUAUCGACAGUCAGAGCAGAAAGUUAUUCUAUCAUUUAUUUUGGAUACGAAUGCAUCGCUUGACGGGCUAGUUAAUCCGUUCCCACUUGAUAACAUUCAGUCGUUUUUGAUUCUACGUGGACUUUUGUCAUCUGAAGUCUUAUACAUUUGUUUGAAGAAACGCUAUCGUGUCAAUUUCGGUAUAAACCAAAACGGGAAAUACAAUCGUCUAAUAGCUGUUCCAUUUCGUGCGAAGGACGUUGCAGCCGACAAUACCGAAUUUGGACAUCCAGAUGUAGCUAUUGUAUUAACACAGCUUUCGUACUACUAUCAAGGUUUAACCGAUGCACAAAUGCUCAUGUGUUUCAAUCGCUUGAAACAAAAUGAAAGUGAUCCGGAAUUGAUCUAUAAUCAGUGGAUUUCAAUAGAGGAGGAAAACGAUGUCGUUGGAAGUAUACAGCAAUGGAAAAGGAUCAAUUUAAAAGAUCAUCAACAACGAACCCAACUUGUUUUUCCUGUAUUUCGCUACAAUAUGCUUGUCAUAGAUUAUUUUCUCGAUCAUUUCGUUUUUCCUCAAGAAGCAAAACAAUUUCCUCAUAAGUUAGUCGCUUCUGCUUGGGACUUAUCAUCGUCGUCUCGUGAAAAAAUAAUCACGGGUUUCAGUGGUACGAAUGACACUCAGUUGUUAUUACCUGUUCAUAUUCAGCAAUGUGAUUUACCAGAACUUCUAAAAACCGACGCAAUUGUUCUCAACAACUUACUUUGUCCCAAAAAUGAUCAUUUUCAAGUUUUACCAAUCGGCACGAACUCUGACGGACUUCUGGAACGAAUAGUCGCCGAGAAACCAAUGAUUCAAGUCAUUCUCGACGUUGGUGCUUUGUUCAUAGAUGGAACAAAUCGUUAUAUAGCUGUUAAAUGGUUAGAGCUAUCGGAUAAAACGAAAAUUGACUAUGCUGUAUACUUCGAAUCGGAUGCUAUAUUCGUUUGUAAUCGCCAAUACCAACACCACGUCUUUCUAACAUCACCUGCAAGUGAACGUCUCGAUCGCUGUGUGUUCUAUUUGGAUGAAAUUCACACUAGAGGAACAGAUUUCAAGUUUCCUAACGAAUUUCGAGCAGCGAUCACAUUGGGCAAUGGUCUGACUAAAGAUCGUUUAGUUCAGGCUUGUAUGAGAAUGAGAAAACUGGGUCAACAUCAUUGGCUAUAUUUCUGGAGCUCGAACGAAGUUUAUCAACAGAUUCGGUCAAUCAAGAAAAGCAGAAGUGCAUUGAAUAAGAAGGGCACGGUCGACGAACGAAUCUCUCUGACUGACAUUCUUCUUUGGGUAUACGAAAAUACCCAACUAGCGACAUGGGAUGGAUUACAUCUCUGGGCAACUCAAAGUUUAAGUUUCCAACAUAAAAUGGCUGCUUUUCAACGCAUUGACUGGAAGCAGAACCAAACAUUUGCAAAAAUAACGAUGGAUAAAAUAGCUCAAGAAUGCCUUGAAGCUGAGGCUUUAGAAUUAAAGUCCAUGUAUGGUGAAUCAAAAGUAUUCCAGAAUAUAUAUGAGAUAUAUCUUGCACGAUAUAAGCAUUUUAAAAUCAAUCUUUCAGCUGAUAUUCAUGAAGCGGUGUGCAAACGAUUGCGUACUUAUGGCGGUUUGAAAAAACUUCAGACACAGUUAUUAGAUGAAGAGCAACAGCGAGAAUUGGAGCGAGAACAAGAAUUACAAGAAGAACGACAGCAGAAACGCCCACCAGUUGUUCGCCCUGUUGAACCACGACUACACGAUGAAAUCAUGGCUUUAUGUGAUAUGCACAGUCCAAUGUUAGAUUUAUCAAAAUUACGAUCAAUACUUCAUCCUAUUGCUAAUGCAUUUCUUGAUACCUCCUUCUAUCGUGAAUGCCAACCACAUAGGUGGCCACAAAAUCUAUGGGUCACUGAUGAAUUUCAGCGUGUAAUACAAACGCAGGGAGAAUCAUUAGAUCCGUUUUUACGUCCACCACGAUGGAUUCUGAUCUACCGUAGCCAACACGUCAUUUUUGUGAGUUCUUUUGAAGCUAAUCAUCUCAUGAAACAAUUACGAAAUCUGUAUCCUACACAAUCAUCUCAGACAUCGUUGACAACAACAUUGCGUCUAAUAUUACCGCGAACUCGACAGGGCCAAUCAAUUCUAGUGAAUACGCCCUCCUUAACAACCCCGAUAUCAAUUGUGCCUGGUCAUAGACCAUUAUGUUUUCCAGUUCCGAAUGAAUGUCUAGUAGCAUUGUUUGUCUUCAAUGGUACUUUGUACUUCGAAAGUGAGAGCGAGCAAAUAGCUUAUUGUCACUUUCUUGGAAUAUGUCCAAAGCCACGUAGUGACAUUGAGAAAGAUGCGUUUGAGAAAGGAUGGGUAAAUAUUGACGGAUUUGUAGAAAAACUUGAGCAUCGUGCUGCUUUACAACUCCAAAGAUGCCAUUUCCUUACUAAUCCUUUAGGAUUUGUGAGAAAACUAGUCGAAAACAGAAACAAUGCACAUUCACCUCGUAUAUCACAUGUUGGUAGUAUUCUUAUCGAUGCUGUGAAACAUCCACUUUAA